AUGACAACAAAUGGCCUCCCCAUCCGGGUCCUCCCAACCCUCGACCCUUCCGUGGGGCCAACACACCCCUUCAGCACCCCCAGCAAAAAAAUCCAUGAAUCCAACGACGUCUCCUCCUUCCUAACCAGCAAAGCCUAUGUUGACAUAAUGACCUUUCUCCUACAACUAAACCGCUCCAUAUUCCCGCUCAAAAACUCCGACGGAAGCAUCCAGACUUGGGAAUUGAACUCCGAGGCUGUCGAGUUCUCGGCUCCCGUGAGGCAAUUACAGCAGUUGUUAGCGAAGCUUGAGGAGAUUCUAGAGGAGGCACCGCCGGAUCAGGGGCCGAGGAGGUUUGGGAAUGUCGCAUUUCGGAGGUGGUUUCAGAUUGUGGAGGGGAUGGCGGAUGAGUUGUUGGAGGAGUGUCUUGCGCCGGAGGUAUUAGAGCUGGGUAAGGGUGGGGAUAAGGUGACGGCGAAGGAGGAGCUGAAGGCAUAUUUCUUGGGGAGUUGGGGGAGUGCGCAAAGGUUGGAUUAUGGGACGGGGCAUGAGUUGAGCUUUUUAGCGUUUUUGGGGGGCAUUUGGAAAUUAAAUGGAUUUCCGAAGACUACUCCAGGGGUGGAGGAGAGAGCUCUUGUUUUGGGGAUCGUGCAGCCGUAUCUUGAGCUCAUCCGAACCAUUAUCAGACGAUAUACCCUAGAACCAGCAGGUUCCCACGGAGUCUGGGGUCUAGACGACCACUCGUUCAUUCCAUAUAUCUUCGGGGCAGCCCAAUUCGCCCCUGCAGUAGCAGAAUCCGAGCCAUUCCCCGAAGAAGGCUCACUACCAGAUGCACCAGAUCCAGGGGGCGUCGCCAAAGCCAACAUCGUCGAGAGAGAGCGGAAAACGAACAUGUAUUUCUCCGCAGUGGGCUUUAUCUACGACGUUAAGCGUGGUCCAUUCUGGGAACAUAGUCCGAUGCUUUAUGAUAUCUCUGGGAUUCGGACGGGGUGGGCUAAGAUUAAUAAGGGCAUGAUCAAAAUGUACAACGCAGAAGUUCUCUCCAAAUUCCCCGUCGUCCAGCACUUUCCAUUUGGCUCGCUAUUCAGCUUUGAUCGCGACCCCAACGCCAUCGCCCCUCAGACUCAACCUCAGUCACAACCAUCAACCACCAGACCAGCACCUCCAUCAGCAGGACCAGGGUCAGGAACCAAAGCCCCAUGGGCCACUGGAAUCUCAACAGAUGCAGCAGCACCAACGGCAGCACCAUGGGCAGCAACUGCAAGAGUACCCCCUUCUGCCUCUUCCUCGCUCUCAGAUACCUCGAGGUUACCGCCGGGACCGAUGGCUCCAACUAGGGCUCCAUGGGCAAAACCUCCUGCUGGGGUUGGUGGUGAUUCUGGGGACUUGGGGCAGACGAAGGCACCUUGGGCGAAAUGA